UCGCAGAGAUUGCUCGUACUGUAACUGUGCUUUAAUUCACUUCCUUUUUUCUCAAUAUUUCUCACUUACGAGGAUAAUCCGUUAUAAGUGAUUGUUAUAAAUAAUUGUUAUGCGACACGUAAGAACUCGCGUAAUGAAUCGCUGCGCGAUACCCGUCACAACUGUCGAACGAUACUAAUCGAAAUAAAAUAAAUUAGAAACUUUGUUGCCGAGUCACUUAACGUGAGUAACGAAACAAGGCGGUGCCGUCAGUGCCGUGUUUCCGGACGGAUUCCACGAAAAAGCCGGACGCUAUUCUUCACCGAUAUUAGAAAUUAUCGAACGCUUCGCGUCGACGUCCCGGAAGAGUCUUUCAAACGCGCGAUAACGAAGGCGCUGUCUUUCUCGUUGUAUAAUUCGAAUCUUUUUUCAUCUAAAUAUUGAUAUAAUAUGAUUGCGUCAUCAAAUACUGAUGCUGAAAAAGAAAUUGAAGAUCCUGUCGAGCGGAUGUUAAAAAAGACCGGUUGCGUGGAAUUGCAUUAUCAAGUUCAAGAAUGUAUAGCCGAGCACAGAGAUUGGAGGAAAUGUCAAAAUGAAGUAAAAAAGUUUAAGGAAUGUAUGGCUGAACAUACAAAGCAGCAACAAUCAGAACAUUAAUAAUAGGUACCUGAAUUUAAAGAUGUGGUUGAUAAAUAGAUCUAUUAAAUCUUUAUUUGCUCCUGUUUGGAAUGGACAGAAUUGUAAAAUGGUAAUAGUAGUUCGGUCAGAUAUACCUAUGGGAAAAGGUAAAAUCGGUGCUCAGUGUGCUCAUGCUGCAUUAGAAUGUUGUCGCCAGACUUUAAACAAUGAAAAGAAACAACAAAUGUUUCAAUCUUGGUUACAAAUUGGACAGCCAAAAAUUGUUGUCAAAAUACCAAAUGAAGAGGAGUUAUUGAUUUUGGCAGAUAAAGCUCAACGUGCUGGUUUAAUUACUGCCAUAAUAAAAGAUGCUGGUAGGACUCAAUUAAAGCCUGGCACAGUCACAGUUGUCGGCAUAGGACCAGGAUCUAAUGAAGUUAUUGAUAGUCUUACAUCGAGAUUAAGAUUAUUAUAAAUGUAUCUUGUAAAUAAAAGAAGAUAUUGUUAAG